AAUGGCAUUCAAUCAGCAACACUAUGCUGAGUACAGGCAUAGAAUUCAAAAAGAAGUAGUUACCAAUUUAUACAUCGAUGGAGAUAUCAAUAUUCAGACGAUAUGCUUUCAAGGACCUGGCAUACCUUCUAGACCAAUUAACCCACUUGCUAAUGUUCAUUCUACUUCAUCAGUAACGGUUAUGCAACAUCAAUCACAUCCUGUGAUGAAUCCACCCGUUCCAUUUGUGAUUCCAGUUGUUCCAGUAGCUAAUGAUCAAACAAUUUGCCUCCGUGGACAUGUAAAAACUGGAGGAAGCCGCUUUAGAGUUAGAUUACAAUUAGACGUAAGCCUGACAGGAGAUGCUGCUCUUGAGACUUUAGUAAACAUGACUGACGAAGUCGUUUCUCGUGCUGAUGUACAGCAAGGCCAACGACAAAUGGAAGAAACCACUGGCCCACCAUUAACUGUGCGUCCGGGUCAACCGUUUGAACACAUGAUUCUUAUACAAGAAGACUGCAUUAGAUUAGCGUUCAACGGAUCUCAUUUUGCUGACUAUCGUCAUAGAAUAUCCAAGAGUAACAUUACUCAUUUCAGUGUCGAUGGAGAUAUCCUUGUUCAAAGUGUUUUCUUUCAAGGACCUGGAAUACCUGUUCCCAACACAAUAGCUCAACGAUCGCCAACUAGUGCUAAUUCUCCUACUAUGUCUUUUCCAGUACCAUAUAAGUGUCCAAUUCCAGGAGGUGAAUUUCAUGGACGAAUGAUUUAUAUUUGUGGUGUCCCAGAUGUCAGAGCGAAGCAGUUUGUUGUUAAUCUUCGUUGUGGAGAAUCAGGUACGAGUGAUGUAGCGUUUCAUUUCAAUCCCAGAUUUGCUGAAAACACUGUUGUACGAAAUACGCAUACCAGUGGAGCAUGGGGAAACAUGGAACGGGAUCACAAUAGCUUUCCUUUUACUCCUGGUGUUCCUUUUGACAUGAUUGUUUUGUGCGAAAAUGAGCAAUUUAAAGUUGCUGUCAAUAAUCAGCAUUUUAUAGAAUACAAGCAUAGGUUACCCAAUUUGAAACAGAUUAAUUGCUUGGAAGUUGCUGGAGAUGUUAAACUAACUAGAGUGCAGUUGUGA